UUUCCUACUUCCUUCGAGCCUGGGGGCUGGAGUGUUGACUCGCUGGCUGUCAGGACGGGGUUCAGCCAACAUCGGAGCUGGGGUCAAUUGGAUCGGACUAUCGUUGGAAACCUGUUUAAAAUCGGUAUGAAACUGGUCUGGAAGCAGUCUGUAGCCGACAUGGAAGUGAUCUUAAACUGGUCUGGAACCGAUCUGGCACCAUUUUAG